GUUUGUCUUUCAAAGCUGACGGUUUUGCAUUUCGGAUUCUGUGAAAAUGCGGUGCUGAAUCUUUGCUCGAUUAUUGAGUGGUUACGGCAACAGCUAAGGUUUUUGUAAUAACCAAAGAUAACAUGGAGAUGAUUUCGAGGUCAUGAUAAUACUCUUCCAUAGCAACAUGGAUCGAUAAUUAAUAUCAGUGAACACAGUGUAGUGGAGUGAAGGUGUAACUGAAACAGCAUAUAUGUUUAUCUGAAACAGCAUAUAUGUUUAAGCAUUUCAUACGACAUUGAUAUAAACAACGAAGCGGGAAAGAUAGGAAGGAGUGAGGGUAAUCAAAAUGACUUUUGUCACUAAAGAUGGCGUGCAUCAUUUCGUGGCUUGGUUCCUGUUAUCUUUGAACGCGAUAUCUUCGACUGUGCUAGCUUUAGAGUAUCCCAAAAUUACGGAGCACCCUCUAGACGUCAUUGUACCUCGGCACGAGCCAGCAACACUCAACUGUAAGGCGGAAGGGAUUCCGACACCAACAAUCACAUGGUUUAAGGAUGGUGAACCGAUUAAAGCCGAACCAGGAUCACAUAAAAUUCUGCUACCCGCAGGAGGUUUAUUUUUUCUGAAGGUCGUGCACUCACGUCGUGAGACCGAUGCGGGUGUUUACUGGUGCGAAGCAAUGAACGAGCUUGGCGUUGCCAGAAGUCACAAUGCGACGCUUCAAGUAUCAGUACUACGAGAAGAGUUUCGCCUGGAACCACAAAACACUCGGGUGGCACAGGGUGAAACGGUACUGCUAGAAUGCGGACCACCGAGGGGCUCACCGGAACCAACCGUUUUCUGGCGCAAAAAUGGACAAACUUUAGAUCUCACCAACUCGAAACGUAUCCGGAUCGUGGACGGUGGCAAUCUGGCCAUACAAGAUGCUCGCCAAUCAGACGACGGUCGUUAUCAGUGUGUGGCAAAGAAUAUAGUAGGUGUGCGCGAAUCCACUGUUGCCUUUCUGCGAGUUCACGUGAAACCGUUUCUAAUACGUGGACCCCAGGACCAGACGGUCGUUGCCGGUAGCUCUGUUGUGUUUCAAUGUCGGGUCGGAGGAGAACCGUUGCCAGAUGUUCUGUGGCGGAGGUCAGCUUCCGGAGGCAACAUGCCACUCGAGCGAGUACGAGUGCUUGAAGACAGAAGUUUACGAAUAGAUGACAUCGCAAUCGAAGAUAUGGGCGAAUACAGCUGCGAGGCGGACAAUGCUGUCGGAUCCAUCACCGCAUCCGGUACAUUGGUGGUGCAUUCACCGCCGAGUUUCCUGGUGCGCCCGAAAAAUGUACUCAUCGAACCGGGUUCGGAAGCAUUGUUCGAAUGUCAGGCUACUGGACACCCACACCCGACGCUAUUUUGGUCGGUGGAAGGCAACCGCACACUCCUGCUCCCGGGUAGCCGGAUGGACAACCUAGAAGUAACACAAAACGCGGACGGUACCAGUGUGCUUUCCAUAGCGCAAGUUGGCCGCAUGGACAACGGGAAAGUGAUCGUGUGCAGCUCCGUAAAUAGUGUCGGCAGCGUAAGCACACGUGUUGUGUUGAGUGUAAAUCUUCAAGAUGAUCGACCACCACCAUUAAUUCUGCAAGGCCCCUGCAAUCAAACGUUGCCCAUUAAGUCGGUUGCCAUUCUGCCGUGUAAAGCUAGCGGAAUUCCGCCACCGGUGAUCUCGUGGUACAAAGAUGGAAUACCGGUGCUAUCCUCGGAAAAGAUAAAUAUCACUGAAUCGGGCACGCUGACUAUAGCAGAUUUGAGCAAAAUUGAUGACAGCGGGUUGUACACGUGUGUCGCUAGCAGUAAGUCGGGCAAAACUACAUGGAGCGCACUGUUACGAAUCGAUGUGCCAACGAAUCCGAAUAUAAAAUUCUACCGUGCACCAGAAAUAUCUACGUACCCUGGUCCGCCUGGUAAAGCGCAGGUUACGGAUAUUACCGAAAGUUCCGUCACUAUUGCAUGGGUUAGAAGCAGCCAAGUUGGAGCGUCAAGUUUGAUCGGCUAUACGGUGGAGCUGUUUGGCCGUAACCAAACGGAAGGGUGGCUUCAGGUUGCAAAUCGUAUUCAAGACAAUACCUACACACAAACUGGACUAAGUGCAGGAGUAACGUAUUACUUCGUAGUUCGUGCUGAAAAUUCACACGGCCUUUCAUUGCCAAGUCCUCUAUCGGAACCUAUUCUCCUUGGAUCGAGCGAUAACUUUGGUAUGGGAAUUGAUAUGAGUGAGGCAAGAGCUAGUUUACUGUCAGGAGACGUUGUGGAGCUCGUUAAUGCGACUGCUAUAGAUUCCACUUCAAUGAAGCUGGUUUGGGAGAUUAUCAAUGGAAAGUAUGUGGAAGGUUUUUAUAUAUAUUCGCGAAACCUUAACACAAAUCGUUCCGUUAGUAUACAGUCAUACAAAAUGAUGACCGUCUUGAAUGCAGGUGCCUCGUCCUGUUCCGUUUCUGGACUUGAGCAAUAUUCAGAGUACGAGUUUUUUAUAGUGCCAUUUUACAAAUCAGUUGAAGGCAAACCAUCAAACUAUCGGAUAGCAAGAACUCUUGAAGAUGUUCCCUCAGCACCACCGUUUGGCAUGGAAGCGCUGUUACUAAAUUCAUCUGCAGUGUACCUGAAAUGGAAACCUCCUACAGCGUCUGCACAAAAUGGAAUACUGCGCACUUACAACAUUAUCGUACGAGGAGUUGACUUACGAACAAACUACUCGAAGGUUCUUAGCAAUGUCACGAUUGAGGCUACCUCAUCGACACUGUUGCUUGCCAACCUGACCGAAGGUGUUACGUACACGGUCAGUGUAGCAGCCGCUACUUCUGCUGGUAUGGGACCGUUCAGCAAUCCUGCAACCCUGCGGCUCGACCCAAUCACUAAGCAGCUAGAUCAAACAUCCCAUCGAUAUCCCAUCAAUCAUAAUAACAUGGAUGACAUCCUUACACAGCCCUGGUUUAUCGCGGUGCUGGGCUGUAUUCUGGUACUUAUGAUGCUUUCGUUCGGUGCAAUGGUAUUUGUGAAGCGUAAACACAUGAUGAUGAAACAGUCGGCGCUUACAUCUUUACGCGCUCACGCCGCAGGAGGUGUUGUAAAGAUACCGCGAAAUGAUAGCCUUUGGAUGGAUCCAUCCGGCAUGGUGUGGGGCCAUCAAUCGACGGGAAGAGGUAAAGACCACAUUCAAGAUUACGCUCCGGUAGGUACCAGUUCAACGCAUCCCUUAGAGCAGCAACAGCAACAUACGAUGCCACAUCACAAUCGUACUCGCUAUGUCGAGUACACAGACUAUCCCAGCGAUUACGCUGAGGUGUCGUCCUUCAAUCCCCCGACAUCCGAUGGAAUGAACCAUCUCUCGGCGCAGCUAAACGGUAGCAGAGCACCGAGCGAGUACAGCUCGGGAGGUACGCGAUCGCCAGCACCUUAUGCUACAACCACCCUGAUUGGAAAUGUGAGAUUUAUUACUGCCCCGGGGAGUGUGACUGGUAAUGAUAGUCACCUGCAUCACCUGCUGCCAUCAGCGGCAGCUGCAAGUCAAAUGUAUUACAAUGGCGAUACUUAUUCAGGCAGUUCGAUGACACGGACAUCGUCGGAUCAUGAAAGUACGGGCUAUGUUAGGAACGCUUGCUCGGAGUCAUAUUUCAAUCCAAAUGAGAAAAUCAAUAUCACCGAGAAUAAACUGGCGUCUCAUACGAUGUCCAUGCUGGCAGCAAGUGGCAAUGCAUCCGUGGGCGGGGGUUAUCAUCACCUUGUGCCAAGUCAGAAUGGAAGUUCGAAUGGCCAGAGCAGUGCGGCCAGUAGUGCGUGUAGCGCAAGCAGUGGAAGUAGUAACAGUAGCAACGGAAACGAUGGCGUUCGAACCAACGACUCCACUCCCCCGAUGUCUAACAAAACGCAAGGGACGAGAGUACCGCGAAAUGGCUCCAGUAGUAAUCGUUUUAAACUCUCCCGUACACCGAUCGUAAGCAGUUUGCGGUCCGCAUUGAAGCAGGAGUCAACGUCCAGUGAACAUGCUAAUCAGCCAGCACUGCAUCAAGAGCAGCGGAAGAAAAUGUCCUCGCUUAACAAUUUGGGACAGAAACAACAGCUUUAUAUUAAGGUGGGCGAAACGGGAGUGCCGGGUUGCACAAACAGUUGGAACCCCUCCACUGCUAGUGCAAUGGCCAUGGCAAACCUGUACCAAAACACCAGCGUCACGAUGCCAUCCGGAGCUUCGAAUGGUGAUCCGAAUGUGGUUAUCUACCUGCCGACCGGAAACCGCAGCGUCAUUAGCUAUCGUGCCGGUUCGGAGUUUGGGGAUGAUGUUUGAAGCUGGUGGUAGGGUGGUUAUUUAUAAUAAUUUAUUCUAAACUGCAAUUAGCUGCAGGUCCUGGAGAAGAAAGCUGACUGACGAUAAAGGUAAUCUCAAUGCCACCGUCUCCAUACGUACCAGGGCGUACUGUGAGCGGGUGCCGUUCCUAGUUACUAGAUUGUAAGAAGAUUCGGUGUUGUACAUAAUAGUGUAGGAUAAACGAAUCGGGCGAUAAGCACGAGCAUCGGUGCGGUGUUUGGCUACGACAACGUUUAGUAGUGUGUCGGAUGGCGGAAUCAAACCGUAAACAAAACCAAAACAAUGUACGAGCAAGACUGAUCCAUAAGCUUCCAACAUACGGGAAUGAGGAAACUGAGACGCAAACAGUAUGGAGUUACGCUGCGACGUUCAUCAGGAAUCCGAAACCCUCUCAUACCUUCAAACCUUCAAGUACUUCCAAUGCACACGCUGUAAAUAAAUUACACAGUGACCACCAAUUAAAAUUCAUUCAACCGCAACGAUACAUGUUCCGGUAGGCUGAAUCUUGCUGGUUUCGUUGAAUAGACGAUGUAAAGCAUGAACGCUGGUGGUGGUAUGAAUAAAAAAAAAAAGAUAUUUGUGUAUUAUUCCAAACUGAGACGAGAGAAUUAAAAAAACACACACACUCACACCCAUACAAAGAAAAAUGAAAUGGAACAUUUAUUUUCCGAAAUUUAUACGUCUGUCCUGGUCUAUUUUUAUUUAUAUUUUGUUUUCUUUAGAAAGAAUAAUCUAUUCCAUUCAAAUCCUUUAAUAAUAAAUUAACCCAAUGAUGCAUAUCACGUAUUACAGCUAAAGUAAACGACCAAAAUUUGCUUUUUUUGUGCUCAUGCAUACAAAUGCUCUAUAAUUUAUUGGUUUGUGCUAAAUAAAUUGUUACGCCAACAUUUUUGUCACUACAUUCAUGAUUACGGGCUAAUUAAAGCACAGAAAACAGAUGAUGUAAAAGUUUAUAGUCAAAUUUAAAGUUUUUCAAAAAAUGCUUCCUCUAACCACUCGUAAUCUUGUUAUUAUGAUCUUCAACAAAACGGCACUAAAACAUUGCUACUAAGCUCGCACCUCACGAUAACUGUAAAUAAUCAAGCGUAUGAAAACCGCCAUGUCCUUCCCAAUCGUAAACAAAGCAAUAUUAUCCCUCCGAACUAUGAAACAAAAGUAACUGCAUCCAACCCACGAACUUUUUGUGCAUAGGUAGACCAGUAAGGAAGUUUCAGCAGUAAAAUUUGUUUGCGCAGUGAAUCUUAAAAUUAUGGUUAUGAAAUUAGUUUACUGUCAAGUAUUCUCGAAGUUGAUUGCAAAUAAUACUGCUUCAUAGUGUCAAUUGUAAAACAAAUAAAGGAGAAAUCAAAUUAGGAAAAAAACUGUCGUGCUAUAAAACAGAAAGAACUUGCUCGGUUUUUUUUGUAAAAAUGCGUGUUUCGAAUAUACUGUUUUGUGAAUAAACGUACCGCUUGUUAAUGUAAAGUAGUAGCUAAGCACAUCCAACAUGUUACGUGGUACAGGAAUUUAAAUACCGUUGCGCGGUAUUGAAUUCGAUGUGAUUGAGUCAAAGCUGAAUAAAAAAUGCAAAUUAAUCAUUUA